GCUUUGGAUAAAAGCGUCUGCUAAAUGGCAUAUUAUUAAUUGAUAUGGCGUAUAAUCCUCUACAUGACUUUGAUACGCUUCGUGGGGAUUACGAAGUGGGUAUGCGCAAUGCCCACUAAAAUAUAAGUGGGUGGAAUACCUGUGUAUGCCCUCCACUACACUACUGGAAAGAAAGAUGUUAUGUAGAACAAACAUGCAUUCUAAAUAAUCAUGUCAGUUCUGUUCAUGGCAUUUCUAUCUGCAAUGGUCCAAAACGUUUUUGUACUGAACAUGCCAAUACACAACAUACUAUACUGAACAAAUAUAUAAAUGCAACAUGCAACAAUUUCAAUGAUUUUACUGAGUUACAGUUCAUAUAAGGAAAUCAGUUAAUUGAGAUAAAUUCAUUAGGCCCUAAUCUAUGUAUUGACUGGGUAGGGGUGCACCCACUGGGGAGCCAGCCCCAGCCAAUAAGAAUGAGAUUUUCCCCACAAAAGUGCUUUAUUACAGACAGAAAUACUCCUCAGGUUCAUCAGCUGUUCAGGUGGAUCCCGCAGGUGAAGAAGCUGGAUGUGGAGGUCCUGGGCUGGCGUGGUUACACGUGGUUAGCGGUUGUGAGGCCGGUUGGACGUACUGCCAAAUUCGGCUUAUGGUAGAGAAAUUAACAUUCAAUAGUCCUGCAGUCAGCAUGCCAAUUGCACGCUCCCUCAAAACUUGAGACAUCUGUGGCAUUGUGUUGUGUGACGAAACUGCACAUUUUAUUGUCCUCAGCACAAGGUGCACCUGUGUAAUGAUCAUGCUGUUGAAUCAGCUUCUUGAUAUGCCACACCUGUCAGGUGGAUGGAUUCUUUGGCAAAGGAGAAAUGCUCACUAACAGGGAUGUAAACAAAUGUGUGCACAAAAUUUGAGAGAAAUAAGCUUUUUGUGCGCAUGGAAAAUGUCUGGGAUCUUUUAUUUCAGCUCAUGAAACAUGGGACCAACACUUUACAUGUUGCGUUUAUAUUUUUGUUCAGUAUAUAUACGAACCCGCUCUGCCUAUAGUCUGUCUGGAAAGCCUCCACAAAUGAAAACGUGUGGUGGACCUCAGACAGGGGCUUCUCCAUAGAUCAGGGGUCAUCAACUAGAUUCAGCUGCUGGCAGAUUUGUUCAUGAGCGAAUGGUCAUGGGACCGGAACAUAAUUAUAAAUAAUUUGUAGACUGCAAAUUGACCGCAAGAAGCCCAAACAGAUAUAAUAUUUGACUAAAACAUAACCAUAUCAAAUGCUUGCUUAUGUUUGAAUAGGGUCACAUAUACAGUGAGGGAAAAAAGUAUUUGAUCCCCUGCUGAUUUUGUACGUUUGCCAACUGACAAAGAAAUGAUCAGUCUAUAAUUUUAAUGGUAGGUUUAUUUGAACAGUGAGAGACAGAAUAACAACAACAAAAUCCAGAAAAAUGCAUGUCAAAAUGUUAUAAAUUGAUUUUGCAUUUUAAUGAGGAAAUAAGUAUUUGACCCCUCUGCAAAACAUGACUUAGUACUUGGUGGCAAAACCCUUGUUGGCAAUCACAGAGGUCAGACAUUUCUUGUAGUUGGCCACCAGGUUUGCACACAGGGAUUUUGUCCCACUCCUCUUUUCAGAUCUUCUCCAAGUCAUUAAGGUUGAGGCUGACGUUUGGCAACUCGAACCUUCAGCUCCCUACACAGAUUUUCUAUGGGAUUAAGGUCUGGAGACUGGCUAGGCCACUCCAGGACCUUAAUGUGCUUCUUCUUGAGCCACUCCUUUGUUGCCUUGGCCGUGUGUUUUGGGUCAUUGUCAUGCUGGAAUACCCAUCCACGACCCAUUUUCAAUGCCCUGGCUGAGGGAAGGAGGUUCUCACCCGAGAUUUGACGGUACAUGGCCCCGUCCAUCGUCCCUUUGAUGCGGUGAAGUUGUCCUGUCUCCUUAGCAGAAAAACACCUCCAAAGCAUAAUGUUUCCACCUCCAUGUUUGACGUGGGGAUGGUGUUCUUGGGGUCAUAGGCAGCAUUCCUCCUCCUCCAAACACGGCGAGUUGAGUUGAUGCCAAAGAGCUCGAUUUUGGUCUCAUCUGACCACAACACUUUUACCCAGUUCUCCUCUGAAUCAUUCAGAUGUUCAUUGGCAAACUUCAGACGGGCCUGUAUAUGUGCUUUCUUGAGCAGGGGGACCUUGCGGGCGCUGCAGGAUUUCAAUCCUUCACGGCGUAGUGUGUUACCAAUUGUUUUCUUGGUGACUAUGGUCCCAGCUGCCUUGAGAUCAUUGACAAGAUCCUCCCGUGUAGUUCUGGGCUGAUUCCUCACCGUUCUCAUGAUCAUUGCAACUCCACGAGGUGAGAACUUGCAUGGAGCCCCAGGCCGAGGGAGAUUGACAGUGCUUUUGUGUUUCUUCCAUUUGCGAAUAAUCGCACCAACUGUUGUCACCUUCUCACCAAGCUGCUUGGCGAUGGUCUUGUAGCCCAUUCCAGCCUUGUGUAGGUCUACAAUCUUGUCCCUGACAUCCUUGGAGAGCUCUUUGGUCUUGGCCAUGGUGGAGAGUUUGGAAUCUGAUUGAUUGAUUGCUUCUGUGGACAGGUUUCUUUUAUACAGGUAACAAACUGAGAUUAGGAGCACUCCCUUUAAGAGUGUGCUCCUAAUCUCAGCUCGUUACCUGUAUAAAAGACACCUGGGAGCAAGAAAUCUUUCUGAUUGAGAGGGGGCCAAAUACUUAUUUCCCUCAUUAAAAUGCAAAUCAAUUUAUAACAUUUUUGACAUGCGUUUUUCUGGAUGUUUUUGUUGUUAUUCUGUCUCUCACUUUUCAAAUAAACCUACCAUUAAAAUUAUAAACUGAUCAUUUCUUUGUCAGUGGGCAAACAUACAAAAUCAGUAGGGGAUCAAAUACUUUGUUCCCUCACUGUAUCUCUCUAUUAUGUGUGGGGAUACUUUGGAACAGAUUUCCAAAAUGUUAAUCACUUGGAGCUGAUUUGCUGGUGUUUUUACAGUAUUUUAUGUCCAACAAUAAGAUAAUAAUAAAUAAAUAAAACAAUUGUUUUUUCUUUUGCUCAGCAAACUUGGGGGGGGAAAUAAAAUGACCUGCGGGCCAAAUGUUGAUCCACGGGCGGCCAGACAGAGCUCCGCCUGAGAUACACCCUGUCAUGUGACCCGCUGUCUAGCAUGCAUCUAUAAAUUCACCUCAAUGUAGUGCGCUCGUCCUUUCCUGACUACACUGGCCUGUCCAACCUGCUGGUCCUUUCCUGACUACACUGGCCUGUCCAACCUGCUCGUCCUUUCCUGACUACACUGGCCUGUCCAACCUGCUCGUCCUUUCCUGACUACACUGGCCUGUCCCAUCUACAGAGGUGCUGCAACUUCUACUAGCAAUAUGGCGACAGGUACGUGACGGUUUGUUACCAUCUAAACCUUGGAAGGUUGGCUGUGGCAGCCACGGGGGAAACUAAGUAACUUGUCAUGAUUGUUCCCACUGUCAGAGGAUAAAACAAGUAGCAACAAUAUCCGUCGUAUGUAAAUGAGGGAUGGCAGGAAAGUAGAGAAAUGUACAACUUGGUUUGUUGCCGUUUUCUGGUUUUUUUUGUCGGUCGGUGGAAAAUGGCAACGCAAAGUCGCUUAUCUUUAAAGUCCCUUUUCCGCUUUCCAUCACCGCGUGUCUAGUUGACUUAAUAUCGAAAGGUUUUACGGCUGUGUGGAUAUCGGAGUAGGAUCAUUGUUGGCUCAAUGAGUUUUGCUGUUGCUCAGUGUCGCCCUAGUUGUAACCCCAUAUUCACACGUAGCCGAGGCCGCCGAUAGCGGGCGCUAUAGUCUGGGAUUGAUACACUCAUGGACCGGCUCAUACAUAAAACGUCCUCCAUUCAGGCUGCAAAGGUAUCAUUUUCUUCCUCAGUCACACUCAACCUGCGUAACUUAAAUGAGAAUUAUUUCAUCGUUAACCAGAAGUUUUGGCCCUAGUUAGUGAAACGAGUCAAUUCUGGCCAAUUAAUUUUUAGGAUUUCUGGUAUCAAAUCCUAUAUGCCAUUGUGCCCUUAAACAAGGCACUGAACACCCCCACAACAGCACCCUGGACGCCCAGUGGGGCAACCCGCCCCACCCUCCCACGCACCUCUCCAAAACCUGUCUUUUCUAGUGGGUUGGUUAGAACUAAAUGUCUGUCUAUGGCUGACUACUAUAGAAGUGUGUGUACCAACUGCCUAUCAAAGUACAUUCUCUUCACUGGAGUGUACAUUUAAAUUCAGCUGGUAGCAGUGAUUCAGUUUAACUUUUUUUUUUGGGGCCAGAUUUAUUUGGUGUUUCAUCAAAUGAAAUUGUAUUGGCCACAUGCGCCGAAUACAACAGGUGUAGACAUUACCGUGAAAUGCUUACUUACAGCCCUUAACCAACAACGCGUUUAUUUUUUAAUAGAAAAGUAAAAUAAAACAACAACAAAAAAGUGUUGAGAGAGAAAAAGAGCAGAAGUAAAAUAAAAUAACAGUAGGGAGGCUAUAUAUACAGGGGGGUACCGGUGCAGAGUCAAUGUGCGGGGGCACCGGCUAGUUGAGGUAAUAUGUACAUGUGGGUAGAGUUAAAGUGACUAUGCUUAAAUAUCUAACAGAGUAGCAGCAACGUAAAAAGAUGGGGUGGAGGUGGGGGGGGGCAGUGCAAAUAGUCCGGGUAGCCAUGAUUAGCUGUUCAGGAGUCUGAUGGCUUGGGGGUAGAAGCUGUUGAGAAGCCUCUUGGACCUAGACUUGGCGCUCCGGUACCGCUUGCCAUGCGGUAGAAGAGAGAACAGUCUAUGACUAGGGUGGCUGGAGUCUUUGACAAUUUUUAGGGCCUUCCUCUGACACCGCCUGGUAUAGAGGUCCUGGAUGGCAGUAAACUUGGCCCCAGUGAUGUACUGGGCUGUACGCACUACCCUCUGUAGUGCCUUGCGAUCGGAGGCCAAGCAGUUACCAUACCAGGCGGUGAUGCAACCAGUCAGGAUGCUCUCGAUGGUGCAGCUGUAUAACUUUUUGAGGAUCUGAGGAACCCCAUGCCAAAUCUUUUCAGUCUCCUGAGGGGGAAUAGGCUUUGUCGUGCCCUCUUCACGACUGUCUUGGUGUGUUUGGACCAUGAUAGUUCGUUGGUAAUCUGUGGUCCUCUGUAGCUCAAUUGGUAGAGCAUGGCGCUUGUAACGCCAGGGUAGUGGGUUCGAUCCCCGGGACCACCCAUACGUAAAAAUGUAUGCACACAUGACUAAGUCGCUUUGGAUAAAAGCGUCUGCUAAAUGGCAUAUUAUUAUAUUAUAUUAUGAUGUGGACACCAAGGAACUUGAAGCUCUCAACCUGUUCCACUACAGCCCCGUCGACGAGAAUGGGGGCGUGCUCAGUCCUCUUUUUUUUUUUUUUCCUGUAGUCCACAAUCAUCUCCUUUCUUAUAAUUUAACAUCAGCUGUUUUCUUGGGACCAAUGGCAAUACGGGGUGGGAGAGACUGGGAGGUACAGUUGGAAAACACAUAAUUACAUUUGUCUUAAUCCUAGACUCUGGUUUUGGGCCCAUCUAUGCUUGGUCACGUCGCUUGGUUUUGGUCAUAUUAGUGUCACUGCCUGGUUUGCAUUCCUACAGCUGUCACGUGGCUGCGUUUUUUUUAUCUAGCUUCACUGCCUGGUUUGGCUCUAAUUACUCGCUUUUUUGGGACCAUCACUGUCACUGACCUGGUUUGGCAUCAAACUGUCACUGUUUCUGUUUGGUCUAGCUGUCACUGCCUGGUUUGGCAUCUAGCUGUCACUGUGCCUGGUUUGGCAUCUGAACACCAUUUGAGGUUUUGCAUCCAGUGGUUUCUUUUUACCAGGGAGUUAUCCAGUUGGCCCCCAAGACCAACUGCAGUGUAGUGUUUUAAUAUACGCAGGGGAUUGUUUUACUGACCAGCCAGGCCUGCUAAUAUUAACUGCCAGUUUUUACAUUUGGCAUUAUAAUAACAUGAAUCUAUUUGUCCUUUGCCAGCUUAUAAUCAAUCCCAUUGUUGAGUCUAUGGCCAGUUUAUAGAUUUUCCUACAGUGUGUCAAAGUUGACGUCAUCAAGCCCUUGGCCAUUCUGGCAUCAAUGUUAGAACAACCGUUGCCACAGACCGUUGGACGUCAUCACUCCCUCACUGAAGUAAUGUGUUAGGGACUGUCUUUUUUAACCUGCGAUACCUAUUAUGAACACUAGAGCCUUUGGUUUGAGACCCUGUAAUGAGUCACGCCUUACAAAGCAGUUUUUUUGGGAAGGUUUUAAGAGGUUAUAGCAAUGAAGUAAAUGUACCUCUGGAUUCAUACCAUUUGAACCUAAUGGAGAAUGUUAUUAAUACGUUCUGUCCCCCACCCAGACCAGGCGUUUGUGACGCUGGCCACCAAUGACAGCUAUGCCAGGGGAGCCAUGGUGCUGGGCAAGUCCCUGAGGAACCACAAGACAACCAGGAAGCUGGUGGUGAUGAUCGGACCCCACGUCUCUGACCCCUGCAAGUAAGAACCUCUUUUUAAAGUAGAAGUUUGCUUUUACAAUCUAAUCUCUAUUUUUUUUAUGUAAAUAGAAUGUUCUAGAAGGGUGUAGAAAACCUUUUUGCGAUUUCACUUGUUGUUGAGUAAUUUACCUCCAACCAGGGAUUCAUUUCAUCAUCCUCAUUGUGUAGUAAGGGACUCUGGGGGGGGGAAAUGAACAAAAUCUCCAAAAACACCCAAAUAUGUUCUUUUAGAAACGGAAAAGCUUUCAAUGUAGCGACGCAGUUCUUUACAUGUUGUACACAUGACAUCGUCAUUCCUAACUUUAUCCCCAAUGUUAUAUUCAGAGCGACACCCCUCCAUCCAUUCUACAGGCCACUGCCUAAAAUAAGGAAACACAAGUGAAUGAGGGAUACACAGGAUAUUGCAGGAGCUUCCACACAGGACAUUCCAGACACUGUUCUGGUGGCUGGUGGUGGCCCAACGCCCUGUUCUGGUGGCUGGUGGUGGCCCAACGCCCUGUUCUGGUGGCUGGUGGUGGCCCAACGCCCUGUUAAGGUGGCUGGUGGUGGCCCAACGCCCUGUUAAGGUGGCUGGUGGUGGCCCGACGCCCUGUUAAGGUGGCUGGUGGUGGCCCAACGCCCUGUUAAGGUGACUGGUGGUGGCCCAACGCCCUGUUAAGGUGGCUGGUGGUGGCCCAACGCCCUGUUAAGGUGGCUGGUGGUGGCCCAACGCCCUGUUAAGGUGCUGGUGGUGGCCCAACGCCCUGUUAAGGUGGCUGGUGGUGGCCCAACGCCCUGUUAAGACGGCUGGUGGUGGCCCAACGCCCUGUAAGUGCUGGUGGUGGCCCAACGCCCUGUUACAUGGGUGGCCACGCCUGUUCGUGGUGGCCCAACCCCCUGUUCCAACGGCUGGUGGUGGCCCAACGCCCUGUUAACGGCUGGUGGUGGCCCAACGCCUGUUCUGGUGGUGGCCCAACGCCCUGUUCUGGUGGUGGCCCAACGCCCUGUUAAGGUGGCUGGUGGUGGCCCAACGCCCUGUUAAGGUGGCUGGUGGUGGCCCAACGCCCUGUUAAGGUGGCUGGUGGUGGCCCAACGCCCUGUUAAGGUGGCUGGUGGUGGCCCAACGCCCUGUUAAGGUGGUGGUGGUGGCCCCAACGCCCUGUUAAGGUGGCUGGUGGUGGCCCAACGCCCUGUUAAGGUGGCUGGUGGUGGCCCGACGCCCUGUUAAGGUGGCUGGUGGUGGCCCGACGCCCUGUUAAGGUGGCUGGUGGUGGCCCGACGCCCUGUUAAGGUGGCUGGUGGUGGCCCGACGCCCUGUUAAGGGUGGCUGGUGGUGGCCCCUACGCCCUGUUAAGGUGGCUGGUGGUGGCCCGACGCCCUGUUAAGGUGGCUGGUGGUGGCCCGACGCCCUGUUAAGGUGGCUGGUGGUGGCCCGACGCCCUGUUAAGGUGGCUGGUGGUGGCCCAACGCCCUGUUAAGGUGGCUGGUGGUGGCCCAACGCCCUGUUAAGACACUAUGUUGCUGUUUCCUUUAUUUUGGCAGUUACCUGCAACAGGCUACACAGAGAAUGGCACGGCUGGAUAGGGAAAAGGCUGGAGUGGCAUGAAAAAUUAUAUAACACUGCAGAUAGUUUGGAAUGACACGAUUUCAUCUUUUUGUUAGCGAUACCAUUAGGUACAUUUUGUUUUGGUUUUUUUUGGAACCGUAAUUGGUGACAUAUUUUGAACCUAUUCCCAACAUUUGACAGUUUCUAACAGUACUAAGCAUAUGUUUGUAGGACUUAAGAGUUUUGAAACAAAAUGUACUUUGAGGGUAGUGUACAAUAAGAUGACCUGUUUAGAAAAUGCCCCACAGGGUGUCGGAGUGGAGUACCCCGUCUUAGUUUGGCAUGAUGCCUCACUGUACCCCGUCUUACCCUAGAGGUGUAUCAUGAUAUCCCCUGGCCUCACUGUACCCCGUCUUACCCUAGAGGUGUAUCAUGAUAUACCCUGGCCUCACUAUACCCUAGAGGUGUAUCAUGAUAUGCCCUGGCCUCACUGUACCCCCGUCUUACCCUAGAGGUGUAUCAUGAUAUGCCCUGGCCUCACUGUACCCCCGUCUUACCCUAGAGGUGUAUCAUGAUAUGCCCUGGCCUCACUAUACCCUAGAGGUGUAUCAUGAUAUGCCCUAGAGGUGUAUCAUGAUAUGCCCUGGCCUCACUGUACCCCGUCUUACCCUAGAGGUGUAUCAUGAUAUGCCCUGGCCUCACUAUACCCUAGAGGUGUAUCAUGAUAUGCCCUGGCCUCACUGUACCCUAGAGGCGUAUCAUGAUAUGCCCUGGCCUCACUGUACCCUGUCUUACCCUAGAGGUGUAUCAUGAUAUGCCCUGGCCUCACUGUACCCUAGAGGUGUAUCAUGAUAUGCCCUAGAGGUGUAUCAUGAUAUGCCCUAGAGGUGUAUCAUGAUAUGCCCUAGAGGUGUAUCAUGAUAUGCCCUAGAGGUGUAUCAUGAUAUGCCCUAGAGGUGUAUCAUGAUAUGCCCUAGAGGUGUAUCAUGAUAUGCCCUAGAGGUGUAUCAUGAUAUGCCCUAGAGGUGUAUCAUGAUAUGCCCUGGCCUCACCAUAUGAAGCUGACUCAUCACUACUGCACUUAUUCAGAAUGCUGUCCAAUCAGAAGGCUUUCCUCUGCACACCAUAUUCACAGUACAUUAUGUCUGCUCCUCUCUCCUCCUACCAGAGGAGUGCUUCACAAGAUCUUUGACGAGGUGCUGCUGGUGGAUGUGUUGGACAGCGGAGACGCAGCUCACCUGGCCCUGAUGAAGAGACCGGACCUGGGAGUCACCUUCACCAAGCUACACUGCUGGACUCUUACCCACUACUCCAAAUGUGUCUUCAUGGACGCAGACACAAUG